GCCACAACAUUAUUGUCCAUAUGACUGUCACACCGUCAAGACAAAACAAAACUAUCGCCACCAAGAUGAUCUGAACAAUCAUACAAGACUUAUAGGCUACACACAGUAAAUGGCUCGGUCAAGCCUCACUUGGUUCACCGUCCGUAUGUGACCCUUUCCCCUGUUUGAACGCCCCUCCUCAACAUGCUCUACACAUACAUUAUUGCGCUCUCCAAAGGAAGAAGACCCCGAGCAGACCACCAACAACACAACAUCCGUGACCACGCCAAGACAGCUCCACCGAAACCAACAACUCAAACGGUGGUAAACUAACAGAUUUCAAGGCCAUGCUCUGGGGUGCAUGGUUUAUAGGAGAAAAAAGUUUCCUUUCUUGGAUGCAGAGAGUGAACUGACUGAGCUGUACAAAGGGCUGAGACUGUUCUUCUGCUGGUUACGCGCUCGUCUUUCAUUUUAUUUAUAUGUGGGUGAGCAAGUGUAGCACCUCCCAGCUUCUUUGGUCAUAGAUCUGCUCUCCCCUUGUAGACUAUACACUGUACGUACAACAUGCAUGUUAGAUUUAGCGCGGUCCUAUAGCUGAGGAGGGACCCUAGGCUUGUCCAAAGGGCCCCCUCAUUCUCACCACCGUCCACGAUCUCUCUCCUGUACUUCGGAUCGCAAGAUAGUGCUGAAACAUGCCGAGACACUUGCAGUGCAGCUCGGUUCCAUCCCAGGUCGGCGUGACGGGUGCUGUUUUGUAACUGGAUCUACUCUGGGGCAUGGUCUGCCUCACCACAGCUGAAGAGAACUAUUGCAAAUGACUUAAAAGUGCAAAGAGUAGCAAUAACUGCCCAAUAGCGAGGUGAAGAAUACAGAAGAUCUAUCUAUACACCAAUAUUCAAAUCGAUGUUCGAUCAAGCCACGAAUAUGGGCGAUGAGAUCGCCGAGGAUCGCAACAACCCCCGCCUUGGAUCCAACUCUCAGUGCCGUGACGGGAUAGACAAAUGCCAUACCGAACUAGGGGGCAGGUCGCCGGUGCAGAGCACAACCGAUACCCCGGGUACAUCGGCUUCCACCCCGACCUCCUCCAGUGAAGACGGACAUGAUAAACUUUUAGGAGUGGACCCAGACUACUGCCGGAGGAUUUUAGUUCGAGAUGCCAAGGGAACCAUCCGGGAGAUCGUGUUGCCAAAGGGUCUGGACCUCGACAGGCCAAAACGAACGCGGACAUCAUUCACCGCCGAGCAGCUCUACCGGCUCGAGCUCGAGUUCCAGCGCUGCCAGUACGUAGUCGGCCGCGAGCGCACUGAGCUGGCGAGGCAGUUGAACCUGUCCGAAACACAGGUCAAAGUGUGGUUUCAGAACCGUCGUACCAAGCAGAAGAAAGACACAACCAAGGACUCUGACAAGCGCUCCUCCUCCACCUCCGAGUCGCUGGCCACCUGUAACAUCCUGCGCCUCCUUGAGCAGGGGCGCCUCCUCUCCGCUCCGCCCCACAACCCCCUAUUGGGCACCCACCACCCAGGAAACGGAGGCUCCUCCUCCUCGCCGGGUAGCAGCACACCACCAGGAAAUGGCGUUCAUGGGGUGGGCGGGACUUUCGGGCUGUCGUUGCCCUCCCUGGGUGGGACUCCGCCCUCGUCGCGUCUGGGCGUACCGCCGUCGCACUCACUGUGCUUCUCCAUGCCGUUGCUAGGGGGUGCUCAUCAUGAACUGGCAUCCGGGUAUGGGUGCGGUUCCUCUGCGUUCGAACCCUACAUGCGGCUAGACAGCAUCUCCAAGGAUGGCGAUCUGACUGGGAAGAAGACAGUUUCCUAAGGGGCGGCUAUUUGGGGUUUUGGGAUGGGGUUGGGAUGACUCCCCCCUCUCUCCCUCCAUCGCUGCCUCUGGUCUACCACCACCUAUCCACACACCAACACUGUUGUCCGUCAUUGGUUGGAUCACCAACAUCAUUGUCCAAGAUUGGCUGACAAGGAUGGACAGACAGACUGCUGGGAGGAGGUGCACCCCAGAAGGAGCAAGGCUAUCCUUGCGCCGCCGUGUUGUGUCAUUGGUUGCACCCUGUACCCACCCGUUCUCCAGCUACUUGCUACUGAAUAUCGUCUAUAGAUUGCAUUGCAAGCAGUGCAACCAGUUACCCUUUCAAUACAUUACAUACUUCCCAGCAAAAUGACUAGGAUUCUCAUCGUGUGUGGCAGCUUUCUGCCAGAACGUUCUACGUAAAAUAAUCAUACACUUUAGCAGUUUCUAAUAUUAGUUCGUAUUGUAUAGUGUCCAACACUGAUUCCUGUAAAUUCUUUAUUUGGUUGGUUGUGUGUGUGUGUGUGUUUUAAAAUGUGGACAAAUGGUGUGUAAACUAAAGCUAGUCUUAGGUCAAAUCCAUGCUAAGAAAUAUAAAAAGAAAAGGUACUGGGGAUAUGUCCUCGCCAAAGUAACGGGUUAGCGAUAGCGCUGUUAGCUUCAUCGCUGCUCUGCGCUACACCCUCACGUUGUUUUGUCGUACAAUUAACUGGAGUAAAUUCGAGGUCAACUUGAUGAGCUUGACCCACUGACCUUUUCUCCCAUGAGAUGAACUCUUGAUAUGUAAUUCACCAGUGAAGCAGUAUCACUCUGCCCGCAGUACGCGUUACCAUUGGCUACAGAGACUACUCUCUAGUUUAAAGCAAGCAGGUAACCCUGACGACCCCCGUUCAGAUAAUCUCAGAAUGUUUUGAAACACAAAGGGUUUAUCAUCAUGGGGGGUGGGGGAUUUGUAUUUGUUUUUAGUGUACAUAAAAUGCUACCCAUCUAUCCGGUACGUAUACUACCACAUCACCUGGUAUUCACCACUCCUUCUCUUGUGGUUGAAUGUUGAUCACCUAGGUUUGGUGCGCAUGCAUGCAUACACACACACACACACACACACACACACACAGAGAAUUCCUAACCGGUUCAUAUCAAUACUUCUCGUGAUGUGAUGUUCUGAUAGGUCAACACACACAGGUGCAGUAUGCGUCAUCGCUUUUUAACUGUUUUUAAUGUAAAUCUUUUCUCAGAUUGGGACUUUCAAAGCCAGUUGCUUCUUUUUCCCUUCUCGUUGUUAUUAUUUAACAAUGAUAUUUGGCUAUUCCCUCCCAGACACUCUCCUGUGCACAUAAUUUACCUUUGAUAUAAAGCACUUUAUGUUCCUAGAAGCUUUUCUACAUUUUUCUCCCUUAUUUCUGGUUGAAAGUAUGUUCUCAUGAAAGUUAUUUGAGAUCUUGAGAUAUCAGAUAUUCACAGGUUGUAUCACAAAUGUCACCCUUUUCCCCAUAUAGUGCACUACUAAUCCUCCCUACAGUCACUCUCCCAUAGGUACAGUUUUAAAUGCAAUGUAUUCGGACUACCCAUUGAGGUGGCAGGUAGCCUAUUGGUUGGAGUGUUGGGCCAGUAACCGAAAGUUUGGUAGAUCAAAUUCCCGAGCCAAAAAUCUGUCGUUCUGCCCCUGAACAAGGGAGUUAACCCACUGUUCCUAGGCCGCCAUUGUAAAUAAGAAUUUGUUCUUAACUGACUUGUCUGGUAAAAUUAAAAAGACAGCUUAAGAGUUAGUUACAGGUUCUGGAUUCAGUUGUUGAACAUACAGAGAAGCAGGAGGACACAUGUUUUGAUUUUUCCCAAAGAGACCUGAAGCUCUGAGCCGUAUUGACUGUGACCAGACAACUUUUUUCCCUAUGCUCUGGCCAUUCAUAUUUUAAUUCCAUAAGUAAUAUCGGAUUGCUUUUAUUGUCAGUUGACUCUCUUCAUGGAGUCACAAUAGGCCACGUAGAUAGAGACAUCUUGAGCCCCCUAUCUCUUCUUCUCGUGAGGUCCCUGGUUGCUACAUGAUGACAUCAAUAAAACAUGGCUGACCUCAUCCUCACAAAUAAACGCUGAGGUAGGCUACGGUGUUUGGUCGUAAUUUUCUCAUGUUAACCCUAACGUAUAUUAGGGAUACACCGAUAUUACGUUUUUGGCCGAUACCGAUAUCCAAUAUUUUCUUUUCCAAAAAACCCUAUACCGAUAACCGAUAUUUAACAUUUUAGCGGCCUUUUAAGCAUUCUUGUACAGUUAAAUAGUUGAAACACACACACACAAACACACACUUGAGGUCAACCGAUUAUGAUUUUUCAACGCCGAUACCGAUGCCGAUUAUUGGAGGACCAAAACAGCGGUACCGAUUAAUUCGGCCGAUUUAAUAAAUAAAAGAAAAGAAAAAAAGAAAAGAAAAAAAUAAAUACUGUAUUUGUAAUAAUGACAAUUACAACAAUACUGAAUGAACACUUAUUUUA